AACUCAUUAUAGCGAGGAUGUCUGUGUUCUGAAAAUAGAAAAUACAACUCAAUAGCCGUUUUUGUUAGACGAUAACAGCAAACAAACAAAAUUAGACACUUGGCACGGCCCCUCCUUACUGCUUCUCACGCUAUACGGCACUAUUUCUAUUUCUUCUGCAUUCCCAGAUUUCUUAAAGUCUUUCUACUUUUCCCUUCUCCUUAUUUCUCUCUAUAGGGUUCUCAGAUCUUCUUCUUUCCCAUUAUUUUUGGAAUAUUUCUUUUUGAUUGAAUUUUAAUUAAUUGAUUAUAUUUAGAGUGAAAGAUGUCAAAGACUGGAGCUUUUGAUCUCGCUAGUGGCGUUGGCGGAAAGAUCGAGAAAGAUGAUGUCUUCUCCGCCGUUGACAAGUAUGAGAAAUACCAUGUCUACUAUGGAGGUGAAGAAGAAGAAAGAAAAUCUAACUACACUGAUAUGGUCAACAAGUAUUAUGAUCUGGUGACUAGUUUCUAUGAGUUUGGCUGGGGAGAGUCCUUUCAUUUUGCUCACAGAUGGAAUGGGGAAUCUCUUCGUGAAAGCAUCAAACGCCACGAGCACUUCCUUGCUUUGCAACUAGAACUGAAGCCUGGUCAUAAGGUGUUAGAUGUGGGAUGUGGUAUUGGAGGGCCUCUCAGGGAAAUUUCUAGAUUCAGCUCGACAUCUGUGACAGGGUUGAACAAUAAUGAAUAUCAAAUUACUAGGGGGAAGGAACUGAAUCGGAUUGCAGGGGUUGACAAGACAUGUAAUUUUAUCAAAGCUGAUUUCAUGAAAAUGCCAAUGCCCGACAAUUCAUUUGAUGCUGUUUAUGCCAUUGAGGCAACAUGUCAUGCACCAGAUGCUGUCGGGUGCUAUAAAGAGAUAUACAGAGUGUUAAAGCCUGGGCAACAUUUUGCUGCAUACGAGUGGUGCAUGACAGAUGCCUUUGAUCCCGAUAACCAAGAUCACCAGAAAAUCAAGUCAGAAAUUGAGCUUGGUGACGGGCUUCCAGACAUCAGAUCAACUAGACAGUGCCUUGAUGCUCUAAAGAAGGCAGGAUUUGAGGUCAUUUGGGAGAGAGAUCUUGCACCUGAUUCACCAGUUCCUUGGUACUUGCCUUUGGAUACAAAUCACUUUUCUUUUAGUAGCUUCCGUCUAACUUCUGUUGGACGUUUCUGCACGAGAAACCUGGUCAAGUCUCUAGAAUACGUCGGACUUGCUCCAAAGGGGAGUUUAAGAGUUCAAUCUUUUCUUGAAAAGGCUGCUGAAGGGCUUGUUGAGGGUGGAAGGAGAGAGAUCUUCACUCCUAUGUACUUUUUUGUGGCACGGAAGCCCUUGUCACCUAGCGAGUAACUUUAAACACAUGGACUGUUUCGGAUUAAAAGCUAUGCAGCGGUCGAGGGACAUCUGGUUGGUGAAACUUCCAUUGUGACCAAUAGAACAAGCUUCAAUGCAGUCUUGUGUGUCGCUCGGAUGCAAUUUAGUACAUCUUAACCUCAUCCAAAAUGUUGCAAGCUAUUUACAUCUUAACCUCUUGUUUACCUAUUUAGCAGAUCUUUUUUCACCUUGUGUCCUUGCAAUUUUCAAAUUCGUCAACAUUUUGGUUUGGAUCAUCACCUGUUAAUGUGUAAUUUGGCAGAAAUUUGCUGCAUUUUCACUCUUUCUAAUUUACUAGUUCAGUUAUCUUUGAAUUUGUCUU